UGUGGAUAGUGCACCACCUUGUCGCGUAGCUAGGAUACUGAAACGCCCAUGUCUCUUUGGUAGAGAGGAAAGUUCGUGGCUUUCCUACUAAAGAUCAAACAAGUUAUAACACACAGUUAUAACUACUUCGGUUACGUUUUAAAACUUUUUUGAUGACCAACACUGUUCAGGGCUAAAUUUGUAUCAUUAUGGCAACUAGGCCCAUGUCAUCAUUUUCAUCUGAGCAUCAAAAAAAUCUAAAAUUUGGCGAGGCAACAUUUGAUGUUCUGUCAGAUUUCCUGACCAGUAUCAACAACAAAAACAAACUGAACUUGGAAAACCUAUCAGAUAACUGUGGGAAUUUCAAGAAUCGAAAAGUGGUGGAGUAUAUCUUCCUUCUCUGUAAGGACUUUAAACUCGACCCGAUGGUUGGAUACCAUGCUGUGGAGAUACUCGAAAGCUUUAUGAUCAAGCACAUUGAGGAGCUGCUCUCUUGUCCAACUGCGCAAGGCGCCAGUGGAGGUGGAGACGUGAAUUCUGAGGAACUUAUCUUUCAAAGCAUCAGGCCGAAGUUCUCCUUCAUCAUCCUCUCCUGUGUGCAGCUGGCUAGCAAGAUGUCCCUGCACUGUAAUGUAGGUGUCCCAGCGCACCUGGUUAAAUUGUGA